CUUACGCUUCGUGAGAACGUCGUUGAGCAUCGUCUCGUAGACACCACCUUUGUGGAUUGGUUACGCAAGCACAAGAAGACAGGAGCUGGGUCCAUGAUGGAUGCCUUCCAGAAGUAUGUGCUGGCCCGGGACAAACAAUCAGAGCCAGCACACGGACUCCCACAGCCAGGCACCUCCUCCUCCGACCCAUCUGAUGCUGAGUUGCUUGCCGCUGCCGCUGAGGUCGACUCUCCCAGCACGUCCAGGGACACCCCAACAGCUGUGGUCCCCUCUUCCUCUCUCUCCUCCGAGCAGGGGCCAGGGCCAGGACUGAUGGCUCCUCAGAAACCUGCCUCCGGCAAAGAGCUGCUUCCCGUCAGCUGGAGGCAGACGCUGCCGGAAGAGCAGCAGGAGUGGGUGGGCCGGGCGCUGUUCCAGAGGGAACCCAGCAGCGGGAAGGUGGUCCUCACCUCGCCUCUCAAACUGUGGUGGCACCCACCUGGUGCCCGGCCCCUCUACACACAGCCCCCCGCCAAUGCUCACGCCUUUUUCCAGCACCCCUUCUUUCUGUGGAUGCCCUAUCGGAUGUGGGCAUAUCGUCUGAAGUGCCCUGCCGAUGGGCGGAAACUGAUGGACGCUGGAUUAUACAAGACUGUCCGGAGGGUCUUGGACAGGAGCGGGUGGUACUUUAUGGCCACAGAGUGCCUUGAGUGCCCCGCCUGUCAUAAGAAGAUUGUGAGCUGGUCACGGGACAUCUUAGACCAGCUGGACGUCGCGCACCGCGAGCAAUUCCCAGCUGUUCUCACGUACAAGUUGUCCUGUGACAAGGCGGUGAUCGGGCUGUUGAAGGAGCGCACCCUGGGCAACGGUGUGGCUCGCCUCCGUGCCUCCCUGGUGGAGCUGCACACCAGUGAGUGGAUGGCGCGGUCGGUCCAGUACCUCUCCGUGCUUCGCAAGCUGAGGGCACCUGGAGCAGAACCAAAGGAGGUGUCGAUCCCAGACCUCGUGAAGGUUCCCGGACUCGCCUGGUUCAGCUGUGUGUACGUUCUGGAUGCCAUGACCAGGCUGGACAACACCAAGGCCAGGGUGACGUCCAUUUUUGGUGACAUUCUUAAGAUGGGCUCCACCAAGAAGAUCACCAAAAAGCUUGCAGGCACUGCCGCUGACUCGGCCGCCUGGAUGACCAACGUUGGCAACGAGUACGGGCAGGUACUCGUGUCCGUCCUCACGGCAGCCGAGGGGGACAGACUGGCCAACAUGGCGGCCGGCCUGAUGCGGCGGUACCAAGAAGCCGGAAAGGCCCCUCCCAAGGUCAUGUACGUGGACCAGGACUGCUGUACCACCGUGGGUACGUCAUCAGUACACCACAUGUUCCACGAGUGGCACGAGCUGGUGGUCAGGCUCGACGUGGGGCAACUCAUGCGACGCUUUGCGAGGGGUGUCACCACAAACAGCCACCAGCUCUACAGCCUCUUCAUGGCGAGACUGUCCUUUGCCGUCUUUGAGUGGGACACCGGAGACGUCACCCGUCUGAGAGAGGCCAAGCAGUCCGUGGAGGGGGAGGACACCCACAUCAAGCUGUCCGCCAUGGAGCUCGCUCGGCAUUGUCGACGCCGUACGAGGGGUGCGGCAGAGACAGAGCGGCUCCUCCGGGAGGUGCUGGACGCCUUCUGGGACAUGACGGACACCAUGGGCGUCCCGUUGAUCGACCGCGCCCGCAUGGAGGAGAUCUGGAGCGCACAGCGCCGCCACCUCGACUGCAUCCAGGACCCGGAGGGGGUGGAGCUGUACACCAAGACAGGUGAGCUCACCAAGGGCGGUGUUAGGCUCCCUGUCUACCGGUGCGCACGUGGCUCCACAUCCCUCGAGUCCUUCCACCUGCACCAGUGCCGCUUCAUUCCAGGUACAUCUGCGAGUGACGUACACUUCCAGGUGUACCUGCUGGAGGGCCUGGUGCGGUGGAAUGAAGACCGUGGACGAGCAGCAGUCGAGGGAGGUCAACGAUCGGCGCUGCGGUGCUACAGGGCCCAGCUGCAGCACGCGUUCAACCAGCUGGCACAGGAGGUCAAGGGGCUCAAGCCGGUUGACGACUACACCCAGCCCAGGGCGUACACAGGGGAACUCUUGGGGGUGGAGUAUUUGUACGCCCAGACGGGCACUGUGCUGCAGCAGUGUCCCAACGCUCCGGAAGGGAGCGACGACGACGAGGACGGCACACUGACCGAUGAGGGCUUUGAGGAGGAGGAGGAGGAUCCGGAGGAGAUCCGUCUCCUGGUCCAUCACGACGCUCUCCUCCAGGAGCCCCACAGUGUGCCUGUGCGUGAGGCCUCGUCAUCCCAGUUGGGACCUCCCCCACCCCUCCUACCCCCCGAGGACGACAGGAUGGAGGUGCAGCAGGCUGAGGAGGAUGAAGACGUCGUUGGGCCAGACGGUCACCUCGGUUACCAUCACGUGGUGGCCCUGGCCCACGGCCUCGUGGAGCUGCGUCACCACCCCUUUGUCACCGUUCGUCAGUCCAGGGAGGUUGUCGCUCUCUGGGAGAAGCUGACUGAGAGGGACAAGGCACCGGUGAACUUCUCCCGCCACCACCAGGACAGGCUGGUCCAAGGCCGCUUCAAGACCAGGAACCGCGGUUACAAGCGUGUCGCCCCGUCUCCUAAAGCCAGCAGGCUUGUUGAAGCCAUUAUGCUGGAGCUGUGUCGCAUUCACACCCAGGACACCAGGACGCUCGCCGGGGUCCGCAUCAACCGCUGGGCUGGCGUUGUGAGGGACUACAAGCGGAUCUGGGAGAACGUGGUCCACUGUCCUGCCCUCAUGGCGUGCACCCGGAUCCAGCUGUAUGAUGUCAAGCAGCGGACCCUGUCGAUGUGGCACAAUCAGAGGAGCAAGGCGAUGACGAGGGACACCAUCACCGUCGCAGUUCCGGGGCCCAGCGCUCCCCAGACCGCAGCGGAGCCCCUGCCUGCCCCACGGACUCUGCUGCAGGACCCCCAACAGCCAGACCAGCCCCUUGAGCACCACCUGCCCGCUUCCGCCCCACCAGCGGACACCACCACCUCCUCAGCGGACACCACCACCCCCUCCCCAGCUUCGACAACAGCCACUGCUCCAACCAUCGCUCCAGCCACCAUCGCUCCAGCCAUUCCCCGCUCUACUGCCUGGAGGCGCCGGGUCCACGCUGAGCAGGAGCGUCGUGCCCAGGAGCUAGGGAAGAUCACAAAGCCCUACAAGAAGGUUCCCCAGUUCUUGUGCAGGCACUGUGGCCAGCCAAAGACUAAGCAGUAUGGCCACAGCCGCUACAAACGGGGGACCUUCUGUGCCCAGGCUGACGGGGGGACUGUGGAGCAGUGGCUGUCAACAAUGAAGGACAGAGAGCGUGAAGAGGCGGCGGCGAAAAUGGCCUAUGCUCCCAUUUUUCGUUUUGAGCCCUCCUCCGAUGAGCUCACCCUUCGCCCUUCUGCAGCCGCAGUGGCACUGGUCACCAAAAAACGCCAGCAGACCUCUGCCAGUGUGCGGAAGAUACGGAGGCUUGACCUUGAGGCGGAGGCGAGGGCUAGAGCCUGUCAGAAGGGGGACGGAUCUGACCAAAUGGUGCUGGCUGAGACCGAGCUCCAGUUUGGCCAGUACUGCGGCCAAACCUUUCGGUGGCUGCUGGAAAACGAUGUGGGGUACGUCGUCUCCAUAUUGGCGGCCCACCAGAAGCAGAGAGAGGAAGGGAUGACCAUGAAAACGCUCCUCAUGUCAAACAAGGACGCUCUUGCCUCCUACGCAAGGCUUUUCCCACCCAUGGUGACAGCCAUUGCCAGGCGUAGAUUGUGCGAGAGCUCCAAGCAGAGUACAAGUGAGGUGGGUGACACGCUGUUGGGGUUUGGUGUGCAUGCGCACCGCUCGUACAAGUCCUUGUACAGCGCGAGGGACCGGGAGAGUCGAACCUUUGUGGAUUGGUUACGCAAGCACAAAAAGAUAGGAGCUGGGUCCAUGAUGGAUGCCUUCCAGAAGUAUGUGCUGGCCCGGGACAAACAAUCAGAGCCAGCACACGGACUCCCACAGCCAGGCACCUCCUCCUCCGACCCAUCUGAUGCUGAGUUGCUUGCCGCUGCCGCCGAGGUCGACUCUCCCAGCACGUCCAGGGACACCCCAACAGCUGUGGUCCCCUCUUCCUCUCUCUCCUCCUCCGAGCAGCCACUGGAAGGGCCAGGGCCAGGACUGAUGGCUCCUCAGAAACCUGCCUCCGGCAAAGAGCUGCUUCCCGUCAGCUGGAGGCAGACGCUGCCAGAAGAGCAGCAGGAGUGGGUGGGCCGGGCGCUGUUCCAGAGGGAACCCAGCAGCGGGAAGGUGGUCCUCACCUCGCCGCUCAAACUGUGGUGGCACCCACCUGGCGCCCAGCCCCUCUACACACAGCCCCCCGCCAAUGCUCACGCCUUUUUCCAGCGCCCCUUCUUUCUGUGGAUGCCCUAUCGGAUGUGGGCAUAUCGUCUGAAGUGCCCUGCCGAUGGGCGGAAACUGAUGGACGCUGGAUUAUACAAGACUGUCCGGAGGGUCUUGGACAGGAGCGGGUGGUACUUUAUGGCCACAGAGUGCCUUGAGUGCCCCGCCUGUCAUAAGAAGAUUGUGAGCUGGUCACGGGACAUCUUAGACCAGCUGGACGUCGCGCACCGCGAGCAAUUCCCAGCUGUUCUCACGUACAAGUUGUCCUGUGACAAGGCGGUGAUCGGGCUGUUGAAGCAGCGCACCCUGGGCAACAGUGUGGCUCGCCUCCGUGCCUCCCUGGUGGAGCAGCACUCCAGGGAGUGGAUGGUGCGGUCGAUCCAGUACCUCUCCGUGCUUGACAAGCUGAGGGCACCUGGAGCGGAACCAAAGGAGGUGUCGAUCCCAGACCUGGUGAAGGUGCCCGGACUCGCCUGGUUCAGCUUUGUGUACGUUCUGGAUGCCAUGACCAGGCUGGACGACACCAAGGCCAGGGUGACGUCCAUUUUUGGUGACAUUCUUAAGAUGGACUCCACCAAGAAGAUCACCAAAAAGCUUGCAGGCGCUGCCGCUGACUCGGCCGCCUGGAUGACCAACGUUGGCAACGAGUACGGGCAGGUACUCGUGUCCGUCCUCACGGCAGCCGAGGGGGACGGACUGGCCAACAUGGCGGCCGGCCUGAUGCGGCGGUAUCAAGAAGCCGGAAAGGCCCCUCCCAAGGUCAUGUACGUGGACCAGGACUGCUGUACCACCGUGGGUACGUCAUCAGUACACCACAUGUUCCACGAGUGGCACGAGCUGGUGGUCAGGCUCGACGUGUGGCACCUCAUGCGACGCUUCGCGAGGGGUGUCACCACAAACAGCCACCAGCUCUACGGCCUCUUCAUGGCGAGGCUGUCUUUUGCCAUCUUCGAGUGGGAUGCCGGAGACGUCGCCCGCCUGAGAAAGGCCAAGCAGUCCGUGGAGGGGAAGGACGCCCACAUCAAGCUGUCCGCCAUGGAGCUCGCUCGGCAUUGUCGACGCCGCACGAGGGGUGCGGCAGAGACCGAGCGGCUCCUCCGGGAGGUGCUGGACGCCUUCUGGGACAUGACGGACACCAUGGGCGUCCCGUUGAUCGACCGCGCCCGCAUGGAGGAGAUCUGGAGUGCACAGCGCCGUCACCUCGACUGCAUCCAGGACCCGGAGGGGGUGGAGCUGUACACCAAGACAGGUGAGCUCACCAAGGGUGGUGUUAGGCUCCCCGUCUACCGGUACAUCUGCGAGUGA